AUGUCACCUACCGCAGUCACGGGCCGCCGCAGCACAACCAGAGGCCACCAUGGCAACUCUUUCCGUUCCGUCAUGAUCGCGCUGGCUAUCAGUCUCGCAGGUCUACUGUACGGUCUUGACACGGGCAUCAUCGCGACGACUAUUGCGCAGUCUACAUUCAAGAGAUACAUGUACGGUCCUUCCCUGGAAAACGCCUCUGUCAAUGGCGGGAUUGUUUCAGGGUACUAUGCCGGCAGCGCGCUCGGUAGUGCAGUCGCUUCAUGGAGCAUGGACGCCAUCAGUCGACGUUGGAGUCUGCUGCUUGGCUCCACGGUCAGUGUUAUUGGAGCUGCCGUCCAGGCCGGGGCCGUGGAUCCUGCCAUGAUGAUCGUGGGUCGCGCACUCUCUGGUUUCUCAACAGGCAUGGUGUACUCGGUUGCACCAGUAUACCUUUCCGAGAUGUCACCACCAGAGAACCGAGCAUUCUUGGUUGGAAUGAAAGGUCUGAUGAACACCUUGGGCGCCUUCGUGGCCAACUGGAUUGGAUAUGCCGGCAGCUUUGGGCAUGGGUCUGUACAGUGGCGAGUUCCACUGGCUAUGCAGGCUCCACCAGCCAUGUUGCUCAUGGCCUUGACAUUCAUGUUGCCAUACUCACCGCGUUGGCUUAUUCAGCACGAGCGUCAUGAAGACGCCAUCAAGAUCCUCCGAUAUCUCCAUAUCCAUCGCGGCGAAGAUUGGAUUGCAACAGAAUACACGACCAUGCAGAGCCAGAUUGCAUUCGAGUCGGAAACUCGCCGCAGAAGCAGCUACCGGGAGCUCUUCACGAGACGAUACAUCCGUAGAACACUGCUUGGCUGUCUUAUCGUCAACAUGACAAAGCUGUCGGGCUCGAACAUCAUUCAGAGCUACCAAAGCGUCAUGUACAAUGCGCUUGGGUUCGAGGGUCAGACGGUCUUACUCAUUACCGGCCUGUAUGGGUUCAUGGCAGUGAUUGGCCAGAUUCUGAGCCUCUUCACCCUCUCCGACUUUUGGCCCAGGAAACGGACAGUCAUCACUGGCCAUUUCGUGCUCGCUGCAUGCCUGGCUAUCUUGACGGCCCUGAGCAAGUUCUACCCAGACUCGCAUAACCCGGACGGGUCGCGUGCCGGAGUCGCUCUCAUCUUUCUCUACGCCUUCUUCUACUCGUACUUCUUCAACACCGUCAACUGGGUGCUGGUUGCGGAGAUCUUCCCCUUGCAUCUGCGCGCCCGCGGCAACGGUUUCGCCGUCUUUACGCAGGCCGUUACUGCCAUUUGGCUCACGUACUCGGCCAGCAUCGCCUUCGACAAGAUUUCGUGGAAGUUUUAUUUCGUCUUCAUUGGUUGCAAUAUCUUCGCCUUGACUGCGUACUGGCUUUUCCUUCCCGAGACGAACCAGAUGACCCUGGAACAGGUGGCUGCUGCGUUUGGAGACGAGGUUGCGGUGGAUAGGAAGGAGGUGUCGAAGAGUAGUGACGCCGCUGUUGCUCAUGUGGAGCAUGUGGAAGAGGAGAGGGAGGGGGAGGGGAACACCAAGGUUUAA